AUGACGGAUGCAUUCCCGGUUUUUGCCCUGAAAAUCAAAGGAAAGCUGCUGGUAAUCGGAGGAGGAGGAGGAGAAAAGGGGUUUGGGAAAGCUAAUGGGAUCACGGUUAUGUCGAGUGUGACGCUUGAGAAGAUAUGUAGCUACGAGACGGAAGACAUCAUUCUGGACAUAUCACUGCAUGAUUGUGAGUCGAGGGACCGAGCCAUUGAGAUGGAGGAUGACAUUACAUGGAAUGAGUAUGACGAAGAAACAACGGGUUGGUCGUCAAUUCAUAAUGAUGAGUCUGAAUCGGUCUCAAUAAAAGAAAAAGAGAGCACAUUCAUAAAAGAAAGCAUCAUGCCGGCUAGAGAUAGAGAUGAGUCGAGUGUUAAGUGCGAGGACAUGCCAUUAUCUCAUAGCAAUGCCAUUAGUAGCUCAGGGCUCGAUGAUGAUUUGAUGAAUGCAAGCAGCACAUCAAACUUGUAUUGUGCUUGCUCUGGAGAAAAGUUUUUCUACAUAUUGAGGUUUGAUGGAGUGAAGAUAUUCUUGAUCAAGAAAGUAUGCAUAAGGGUGUCUUCAAGUGUUUUUUGCAAGGAUCUAUAUGCAAUAAGCAAUAAGAUGCUGUAUGGAUUCCAUAAUGUAAUAGAUGAUCCGAGUAUAAUUAAUAGUAUGCUAGAUCCAGAAAAGAUAAAGAAAACAGAAUCGAUUGCUAGUGAUGACCUGGAAGAACAGUACAUGUACAAGCCAUAUAGAAAUGGAAAUAAAAUCGCAUUUAAGCAGGGCAAAGGUAAGCCUUGCAUAGUAAGCAACUGGGAAGGAAUGUUCAUUACAUCAGAAGCAAUACACAAGGUUGUUUUUGAGGAAGGCAAGUAUACUUUUGUGUUUAACUCAAGGAAGUAUAUGUAUGACAAGGAGAUCGGUAAGAUAGUGUACAGAGAUGGUGGGAUAGCAUACUACUUGAAAGGACGAGAGUCUGUAUUGUAUUUCCAAGGAAGCCAUGAAAAGUCGUACAAGAUUCCGAAGAUAACUGCUUUUUCAUCUGAUGGAAGAUAUACAACAAUCGGAACAGGAGAUGGAUUUGUAUAUCUAUUUGAAGGGCCAGCAUUUUAUGGAAUGAGAAGAGUAUGUGGAAUUCCCAUCACAGGAGUUGGAUUCGACAGCGGCUGCAUUUACUUUUCAUCUCUAGAUGGAUUUGUAGGCAAAAAGAUAAUUUCGAAGGCAUGGAGCCACUAUUUACUUUUCUCUAUCUUGAUUGUGCUCAUCCCAAUUCUCAUAGGUAUCGCUAUUAAAUGCAAGAUUAUAUGCCAAAAGUCAUAA